AUGUGCCCUCCCACACCCCAUGUGCCCUCUCACACCCCAUGUGCCCUCUCACACCCCAUGUGCCCUCUCACACCCCAUGUGCCCUCUCACACCCCAUGUGCCCUCUCACUCCCCAUGUGCCCUUUCACACCCCAUGUGCCCUCUCACACCCCAUGUGCCCUCUCACACCCCAUGUGCCCUCUCACACCCCGUUGCCAUGAUCUCUGUGCUCCCACCUGCACUGCCAGCUGCUCUCCACUCCAUUCUCUCCUGCCACUCGUUUCUUUCCAUCAGCCCCUCGUCUACAGCCUCUGGACAGCCGUCCUCUCUCCUCUGCAGCAUCCUCUGAUGCGGCUCCACUACAACAGCCUGAGUGGCACCAUUCCCGCCUCCAUUGCCCACCUCACCGCACUCACCAACCUGUGCGCCCAUUCUCCCUCCACCCCUCUCGCUCAUUCUCCCUCCACCCGCCUCUCUCCAAUUCUCCCUUCACCCACCUCUCUCCCACUCUCUCUCAAUCACUCACUCUCCCAUUCUCCCUCCACCACUCACUCUCCCAUUCUCCCUUCUCCAAUCACUCUCCCGUUCUCCCUUCACCCGCAUCUCUCACCAUUCUCCCUUCACCACUCCCUCUCCCAUUCUCCCUUCACCACUCCCUCUCCCAUUUUCCCUUCACUCGCCUCUCUCCCACACAUGAUUGUUCAGUCAGUCGGGAAGUAA